ACCUCACGCUGGUCUGGACUCUGCGGCCAUUUAGCCGUUCCCUUUGCAGUGGAGGCCGCACUGCAUUCUGAGUCCUCGAGGUGCGUGGAGCGGUACUUCCCGGAACUUGAGGAAGGGCGUUUACGCAGCUGAUAAAGCCAACUCCAGCGUGAAAUUGAGGGCCUCCAUUACCGAAGAAGAUGCGCGCGACCGUGCCAGAGCCCCAGCCUGGAGACCUGAUCGAGAUUUUCCGCCCUUUGUACAGACACUGGGCCAUCUACGUUGGCGAUGGAUAUGUGAUCCACCUGGCCCCCCCAAGUGAAAUCGCGGGAGCUGGUGUGGCCAGUGUCAUGUCUGCGCUGACUGACAAGGCCAUAGUGAAGAAGGAUCGGCUGUGCGACGUGGCCGGGAGAGACCUGUACCGGGUCAACAAUAAGCACGAUGGCAAGUACCCGCCGUUGCCUGCCAACAAAAUUGUCCAGCAGGCGGAGGAGCUGGUGGGCCAGGAAGUUCUCUACAAGCUGACCAGCGACAACUGCGAGCACUUCGUCAACAAGCUGCGCUACGGGGUCUCCCGCUGUGACCAGUGUCUUGUUCACUGGCCUGUCCGGGCCACAGUGACUUGCUGGGGAGGCAUCCACCAACACCCCCUACAAGGAUCAUGCUCAGCCUUCCGCAUACAAGUGAUAAUCAGCUGUGUUUACUACACUGACCUGCGUGUUGGUUAGUUCAUCCUAUGCUCUGUGAUGAUACAGUAGCUAUCUUCCAAUGGCACCUUCUUGAAAACUGAAACAAUACAAAUUGGACACAUCGCAUUCUCUUCCUGAGGCUUUAGCCCAUUGCACUAGCCAGCCACCUGAAAGAGGCAAAACCGUGACAACACAACAAUGAUGAAACAGCAUCAACAAUUCUACUGGACCCCCUCACAGAACGUGAAACCAGAACAUACUACAAAACAAAAAGAGGUGCCAUUUAUACUGUUUCCAAAGAUUUCCUCUUUCAUUUCUUGACCUGGAUGAGGGUUUCUCAGCCUCAGCACUAUUGACAUUUUGGGUCAUUAACAAUGAAGCUAAGUCUUCAUUGUUAUGACUUGCCCUGCGUAUUGCAGGAUGUUUAGUAGCAUCCAUGGCCUCUACCAACUAGAUGCCAGUAGCACCCUCCACCCCCAGGUGUAAGAACCAAAAUGUCUGUAGAUAUUGUCAAAUUUCCCCCAGAGGGCAAGCCUGUACCCCCUUGGGAAGUACUGGCCGAGGUGAGUAAUGAUCAUAAUACACGGUGUGGCCAAAUU